CAAGUUCGUGUUCUCAUUUGUUAUUUUAUUAUUUUGCUGCGAGAGAAUCAAGCACUUCUUUUUUCCUCCUCCUCUUCCCGUCAUCAAUUACUUUUACCUUGCGGUCGCUACUGAGAAGCUUUGCUCAGGCACUCUCCGCCAGACACAAGACGAAUGCAUUUUCGCCCGAGGCUAUCGCCCAAUGAAAAACCGUGGUGCCAGCAAAAAGCGGCCAACUGCUGUAGCGAAGGUUCCUUUCAUCGCAACAAAUACUCAUGAUUCAAAUAAAGAACACACACGUGGAUCCGAGGAAGUGAAGCAGCAUGAUAACUUGAAAAACUUGGAGGUGAUCGAUCAUCUAGAAAAAGAAACAGUAUCCAGUUCGCGUCAUGUAGCAACUGCGUAUCUGGUUCGUGCCGCUGCUUUGAUGACCAUGAGCGAAGCAAACCCCAUUCCCUUUGCAACUAUUGCGCGAAAAAGUAGAGUUGGACUUGGAGAAGAAAGCUUACUCACACUAAGCUGUGUCAGUCCAGAUACCAAUGAUAUAUUGUAUUCCUGCAAGGCUAGUCAAUCAGGACAGGCGUCUGUUAUUGAUUCACCUUUUGUGGUAUCUGCUUCUGAAAGCGAAGAAGAAGACGAGGACAACGCGGACCAAAAGAACAAAAGUAAAGCUGUCGUCAAUUAUAACGGGGUUAUGGAUGUUGUAGAUAAAGUCACUACAGAGUCAACACGAGAGAUACAUGAUGGAUUUAAUGUAACCAACGGAGGGAGCAACGACUUCUCUAUGUCAUCGCCGAUAGCUACUUCGAUGGAUAUUGCAUUAGUCGACGAUACCGCUUCCGCAUCUGUGACUAAUGGGACUCUUCCCAUGGCCGGAAUUAAUGAUCCAAAUGAUAAUGAUACUAUGUCAGGGGGUCCUCAAAGCCUGUUCAGGAAUUCAGAAUCCUUUGAGCCAGUGGGCUCGCUGAUAACUGCACUCAGUUCAGAACUUGAUACCCAUAAUACAAUGUAUGACUGCCUUGUAUCAGACACCCCCGCCUCACCCCCAACGCAACAAAUCCAUCACUCUCAGCCAAUAUUUCGGUCAUAUCCUCUUCGUGAACGUACCAUUCAACAGCGCCAACCGUACACUGUUGACAAGCAACAGCAUGCCUAUUUUUACAAAAAACGAACCAACAAUAUUGAGCAGCCUUCUUUGACGCGUAUUACUUCUAAUGAAGGUAUUUUGUCUCAGAAUCAUCAGGACGACGAAGAAGACUCGGAUUAUGAAGAGAACCGAACUGAAAGAAACGCUUUGAAGGAGCCCGAGCUAAUCAUUCCGUCAAGGCGUCGAUUUAUUCGGACGCUACGUGGAAAAAAUGAGUCAGCACUAGAUUCUCUCAUUCAGGACUUGGAUAAUGAUGGCCUUCCAUCAAUUGAUGAACUACGGCACCAAUUUAUGGCGCUACAGAGCGCAGGCUCGUUUUCACCAACUGCUGAAGAUUUAGAACAAUUCUCUUCCGAUGAUGUUUCAUCUCCAAGCAAUAUGAAAAGGCGUCUUAAGAGACUUGUGCAUCAACGGCUAGAGUCUUUAGAUAAUUUAGAUGAAGGCCCAAAGAGCAACUCCAACACUCGAGCCUCUAAUGUUACGAAAGCAUAUUCUAGCUCCAAUCGCAUUGGGUCAUCAUCACGACAACUAUCCUUAAGCCCCCCUCCAAUGGCGCAUAGUGAAGAUCUAGCUGACAUUGACACCAAUGCAAACAAGGUAGGGUCACCGAGGCCUGAAAAUGAGCACGACAUACGACCCACCAAGAGAAGUAAGAAAUCAUGGCAGCAUGUACUUCCGCGAUCAUUUUUCAAACAACACAAUCUCCCACAGGACCCUAUAGAAUUGAAAACGAUGCGUUCAAAAUGGUCACGCACAAAACCGCCGGGACGUCGGACUACAUCUAAGCCAGAUCACCUCUUACCGCCACAUGUUGCUAAACGAAGGAUUCCCUCAAUGAAACAGGGCGACGAUGGAUUGAAAGAUUUUUUUGCAAGGUUAGGUCAAGAGCAAGAGGAAAGCGAGGAUGAAGCUGACCAUACGGCCGUAGUCUCACAACAUGCUAGUCCCGAAGACCGCGAAGACGUCCUUGAACAUAAUCUAUUUAGAGACGAAGAUUGGAGCUCACAUCCUACAUUGGAUGACACCGUGGCCACUCGAGGUGGAUUGUCCUGGACUAGACGAAAUACUCAAAACUACCGAGCCUCUCUAUCGCAACAGACAAUUUCGUCCGACGAAGAAGACUUUAGUCUCAAUGAUAAUGAAAGGAAAAGAAGAGUAUUAGAUUCUACAUUACCAUCAUAUUUCCCGUCCGUAAAAGCCAUGCAUCAGGCUUCUCAUCGCAAAACAGAGGACUUGAUCGACCGCAUGAUUGUUCGACAACGCCAUGCAACUUCAACCUCCAGGAGACCAUCAUCUGCUACUAUUUCAAGGAAGAGGCGUCGCAUGGGUGGGGAUCAUUCAUUCAGGGACAUCCAUCGUAUAAACAGCUCAAGACCCUAUUCGCGUCCACACAAACGCUCAACCCAUUCCUUGAGAGCGGAAGUAAAUGGUGAAGCCUCAGAUUCUCAAUCCGAGGCUUGGACUGAGUUUCGGGAUCAGGAUUUUGAUACAGCGCCUAGGAAGCGUGCUGGGGGGGAUUUGUUUGGGAACUAUGAUCUCACAUAUCGCCAUAUGCAAGUGAGCGAAAGCGACGAUACAGAUGAUGACAUUGUUGGUGGGCAGCUUCGUCUGACGCAAAUGUUUAAGUCGCAAAGGGGUACCCACAGUCCCCACUAUGCUCUCCCUAGAUAUGAUUCCUUCAGAACUGCAUCUCCAAAGCCUGUGGGUCCCUUACUUGGCAUCCAAAUUGUAACUAAUAACAACUCCAUGGUAAAGCCCCGUCAUAUUAAUAAUUCGCGGUCUGCAUUCAUUCAGAGAAGGACAAGAGUCAACCGGUCGAAGCAGCCACAAAAACAGGGAAAGCAAAAAAAUGCUACUCCUCAUACCUCUCGUGGCAUGCUAUACUCUGUUGUUGAAGAUCUUCAACGGCCAGUAAAGACUAAAGAAUCACGUCCAAAGGUUUCUUAUUUGCCUUGGACAGCACGUUUUCAACCAGGCGGACCAGCACAGUACAUCGAUAAACCAGUCUUUCAAUCUAUUUCAAGGACAAUACCGACGAUGCAACGAGCUCAAGUUCCUGUACAACAACCUAACUUUGGUCGACUUGAGAAAAGGAGGCAAAAAACCCCUGAAAAAGUUGGCAAUUGCUGUGAGCCAGAGCAGAGUAGAUCAUAUGAGGAAUCGGCGUCAACUCCUAUUUUAAAUUUUCAACCUCAGAGUACGGAAUGUCCUACGGCCAUACCACGUUCACGAGCUGCUUUUAAGCGAAACAAAAAUGAUAUUGCAUCCGAAGGGACUAUUGCUAAUGGACUAUACUUCUCUCGCGACACCUACAUCGGUCGUGGUUCCCUCACCCGCCUCUUGUCUUCGAUAUCAGCCCAUGCGAACGAUAAAGAGGCUAUGGCGCAACCAACUAUAUUAGACCUAGCCUUUUUCGGCCGGCCCUUCAUACCGAAUUGGAAAGACAUGACUAGCGUAGAGCAUGAUCUCGGGGUUGUUGUGCUGGAUUGGAAAAGAAGGUUUCAGCUCAUACAGGAGUGGUCAAUUGCUCGUGAGACUCAUUUGAGAAAUGGUUCUGAUGUCAGUACAGAGUUUAUAUCGGUCUUGGAUGCUCUAGCUACUUUCGGAAAUCUUCUGAUCGAGCGAUUUUCUGCCAUGGAAAGGACUGAGCACACUUCAUUUUGGCGAGUAUUCAAAUCGGCCGUGGUUGGACCUUUAGCACGUCUGAUUGAAUCCGAGAGGAUUGAACGAAAGCGGUCUUUGGAUGCAAUUCUCGUACUUUGGACACGCUGGUCUUUAAUGGCUUGGGCUGUUAUUGCAGACUGCGUUUUGCUAACAGAGUAUAGCCACGCUGACAGCGCAAUUCGAGCUCUUAUGGGACAGCUUCUUGACGUUAGCGAUGCUGGGUUUUUAGCCCGGCUUUCAACUUCCUUGGAUCCUCAGUAUGGUGGAUUAAUAGGAGGCGAGGAUGUAAUCGAAAUCUGGAUCUGUUCAAUUCAUUUACUCAAUAGAUAUUCGGAAGUGCGGACUGGCUCGUCUGAUUUUUGGAGAUCACUUAAUCGUCAGCUGCAACAUAGGUGGGAAGGUAUCAACCAGAGCUUGGAUGUCACUGGGGAUCGCUCACAGUAUUUGGAGUGGCAGAUUCAAGCCAACCACUUCAUGGACUUGCUACAGCAGCUCUGCAGGCUACACCAAUUUGAGGCAAAUGGGAGUUCAAACGCCUCAAUCAAGGUAAAAGACAACUGGGGAUUAGUUCGGUGGAUGCUGGACCAAGAUUGGCUAGGACGUGUUCCUUCAGAAAGUGCAGACGCAGAGUAUCAUGUCCGAAGGUUUCUUGUGUUUUGUCAUUCAAGGAUCCAUAUCUGGGAUUGGUUUCCAAGUGUCGAUGUCGUUGUGGGUGUGUAUCGACAUUUUUCGAAGCAAGGAUUUCGAGACAUGCCUACAGAGCCAGGCUAUCGAUUACCAGAAUUUCUAAAGAGGAUGAUUACGCGGCUUCCACGGCGACAUACACAUGCUGGAGAGCAAAUCACAAACGACAAGCUGACAGGACUGAAUGUGAAUAUGUCGCUAGUGACGAGUGUAGAGGAACAUGACAGAUGUUUUGAGGUUUAUCUCAAGGUCCUAGCAAUGACUAUCUGGUGGCAACUGUACCAUAUUGAUCUGGAUCAGGGUGAACCUGAUGGCACACAAAGAGCACAAAAAACUAUUGUCGAUCAGUGGGAUCGUUCAACAGAUUCACUUUCAUAUCAAGGAGCUAUCUAUGAAGCAUUAGACAGGGCAAAUAAGAUCAAAGUGUGCAAGCGGAUGUUAGCUGCUAUUUCCGUGCCUGUUAGUCUGACGAUGCCUUCCUCGGAGGGAUAUACUUACUCUUCUGUCUGCAAUCUCUGUAAUCUUGCUCUCAUAAUUGACCUUUUGGUUCCGGACGUUCUGCGACCUUCCUCUGUUGGCCAGAUUAGGAGUAUUCUCCAGUUUGAAGAGAGUGAUAAUGCUUCGCGGACCAUAUCACUCGAAUCUGUUUACUAUCUUGGUACCAUAUGGCAACGUCAGCGUGAACACAAGUUUGAAGGCCGAGAGAGUGGGCGACAAUUGACGAAGAUUCUGGAAAAUAUUUUUAGUCGACUCGCAUUUUUGUGUGACAUAUUUGAAAACGAAUGGGUAGCCAUAAGCGAUGGAAGCGCAACCUCGACUUCCCUUGCGAAUCAGCAGCAGCAACAGACGGGCAUGAUUGGCAUCGUCGUGAGUCAGCUUUCUCGUUUACUACAUCAGGAGAGAUUUUUCUUCCCAAGACGUUUAUCGUUUCCAAACAUUGCAUUCUUAGAUCAGCGACUAAGUCGCAUCUUUAACCCUGAGGUCCCGUAUCCUCCAAAGCUACGAGAGCAGGUCCUAGAUGUGAUCGUUCGGUUUUUGACAUUAAGAAGAAUGUAUAUGAUACAGCAUCAAGGAUCGAUAGUGAGGAAAGGGCAGGGAACCACUAAUGUGGUAGAGGAUGAAUUCUCAUGGCUCGAUGACGAACGACUUGUAUUUGAUGAGAAUGACCUGGAGGACUUUGUAGCACCACCUGGCAACUCACCAUUAGACUCUAUACCAAAAGCAACUCUUACUUCUAUCAACACAGCUACAAACCCUUCAUGUACCCCAAUGGAUCUUCCCGAGAAUAAUGAUUUUGGCCAUGUGCUCUGGUCAUGGGUAUAUCCUUCUCUACUAGAGCUCGUCAAAAUCCACCAGCAAACCCUCAUCAAUGCCGCAGACCCGCAUCAACCAAUACAAAAUCCUACUUCAUUGGCUGUAGAGUAUUUAUCAAAGCAGGGCACAUGGAUAGCCCUGGGAAUAUUGGCAGACUGUGGAGUAAUUCUUCUCAAACAACAUCAUUUGAAAAUGCAUGAUAUUACAGGCAUUUUUGGGCAAAAGCCAUCAUACACGCCAUGGAUGCAAUUUAAGGUGUUACAGAACCAGCUUGUGUGGGCGACACGUGUAGCGGAGUCCUGGCCAGAGGUGCUAAUGGAACAUGAAGAUCUUUUUUUGAGAUUGUGGUUCGCCACAAUUGGACUUCCAGCUCACGAGCUUACACUACAACACCGAUUCACGAAAGCUAUUGCCGAUAUUGUCAGGGUGGGAAGCCAAAGCCUUUCAGGUCAAAAUUCAGGUCUUUGUAAGGAAUUAUUCAAAAACCUACCGAGCGCACCCCUGGAUCUUGGGCAUUUACAUGGAAAUAAGUCUGCUACAGACCAAUGGUCAAAGAGUGUGAAGGAGAAAGCAUGGUGGCACCAGAAGCUAAUGAGAGACAGGCCAAAGCUGAUUGAACGAGUGCUUUCUAAUAUGGGAGAGCAUUGUCGUUCUGUACGUGAUGAUAUCUCACCUUAUCGAGCAGCUGCGGUCAAGGGUCGAUGUCAAGGUUAUCUGAAUAUGUUGCUAAUUCGUAUCAAGGCUGACGCGGAGAGGUUAGAGUCGAAGCGACUGGCAUUAGAGACUAUGCAACUUGCUGAUUUCUCGCACCUAGUGAUAGGGUACAUCAUGCAGCAUUGCGGCGUGAUCAUCAAAGACUCUGGACUUCUUAGGACCGAUGACUCCAUCCUUAACUUUUUGACAUCUUCUCAGCAUUUUCCUCAACCCCCAGUCGACUGCAUCCAAAUUGUUACCAGAAUUCGUGGCUAUGCCAUGCUUUACAACGAUGGGGAAGACCACUUUUUCCAAGAUGUUUUAGAAAUGAUCCUGUCGCAGUUAAAGCUCGUUCAUGGGAAAAAUAGUAUGCGGUUCGAUUGGCCAGAGAGGGAACCGUCUGCUGGAGGUGCCCUUGUAGCCAACGUAGUGACGAUGAGGAUCUCAGAUCGCGGCAAUUCGUGUGAUGUGACUUUAACUCCUAAUGGAAGUGAAGUUCAGUUCUUAUCUGCAUUUCCGAUGGGAUCUGAGCUUGGUAUCCAGAACGAGAACGCGACAGCUUUACCUAUAAAUAACAAAGCUCCAUUGAGAAGACGUAAUACCGGGAUGACAUCCUUACGACAUUUAGUUGGUCAGCCAUGGCGAGUUAUUAUUCAAGCUCUACUCUCAAGUCGUGCAGAGGAUCAGUUAAGCCCAUAUGAAGAGACACAGGAAGCAUUAUGGGCUUUAACAGCGUCAUUGGAUAAUUCUGGUGUAUUUGGUGAGAACUGGAGACAAUGGAACGCGAUCACGAGCUCUUUCCGUGUAAUGGUAUUCGUUUCUAUUACACGCCCUCUAUUGACGGCUUUUUUGGGCUCUGAGGGUUACCGGAGCAUCCGGCCAGCGUUCUUACAGGGGGAAGGUGGAAUCAUUAGCACUGCAUUAAGGCUGCCUCGACGGCUUGAUUUAAUUAUUAUCGCAGCAGCCGCUUGCCGUUGGACCAUCUCAGUAAUUGAAGGACUGGCUGGUAGUGUAGACGCAAUGAUCCAUCAGCUGCGUAAGGAGCCGCAAGCGCAGAUGUCAGCUGAGCUUGCAGGUCAACGAUAUUGCAUGAAUACUGCUCUGAUGGCCAUACAGAGUUUCCAAUAUGAGACGGCCAUGUUGUUCCCUUCAUUGUUACAAUGCUUGGUAGGCUGUCUCGAUCUAAUCAAUAUUGAGUGGCUUCAGAUUGUCAGAGAGCGUCUUGGCGACCUAAGACCUGUAAUUGAGGCACAAAAUCCGUUUAUGGAGAAUUCUAAAGACACGUUACGGGCAAUACAUCUGUUUGGGCAGGUCCUUCAGAUCAUUCGGACAAUCCUUCCUGUCUUGAUCAAAGUACAGGCUCAGUAUCCUGACUUUUAUGUCAUCGACAAACGUAAUGGUGCAUGGCAAAACGCCGUUCUAGUUCUAGCUCAAUGUGCACUUGAUCGUGGGUUAUUCUUGAUGCAAUAUCUCGGAGGAGCAACUCCAGACGAGCGAUCAUCAGAUGAAAGUAUUUACUUGAAUGAAGGACAUGGUUCGAGCCUAUGGUUUGAGAAUUUCAUGACUAAGCGCAUGUCAGAUUAUACUAUCAAAGCUGAUCAGAUUUCAGGGACAUGGAAUUUGUCUUCGGCAGAAGCUCGACUGCCAGAUUUUUUGGAACAACUAACUAAACUUGCGCCUCUUGAAAGAAGGGUACAUGUUGAGCUUCAUAAAAUUUCGUCCUUGGAGUGCUGGCGAAGCGAUGUCUUGUCAUGGAAUUCUGAAGCGGCAAAAGCGCAUGAUGAGCCUUCCAGUAAUAUAAAUCAACAAUCACACCAGCAACAGCAAAAAUUACACUCAAUUUUACGAGACACAAAAAAUACAGCUUCACGAGAGCAGAAGUGGUGCUUAUUGAAGAAGCAGGACUGGGUCUUGUGGAGCUUUUUAAGCUCAUUUCUUGAUUUUUGUAGAUCAGCAUCAGCAAUCAGCCCAAGGUUCCAACGACAGGUUCAACGAGGCUUCCAUUUAUUGCUAAAAGAUCCCGAUGCAGUGAACCCAAGCAUUGUUUUGGGAUCUGUCCCACAAAACCACUCCGUUUGGCGACAUUUGCUAGACCAUAGUGUAGACCCAUUCUCGGAUGGCAAGACCCAAACUUCAUCAUGGAAUAUCCUUCAAUGGUGCAUGGCUAAAGAGUGGAGGUUAGCCUUAAUGGAAUACCCAGAGCAAUCUAAUUUUGUUUUUGCUUCGGAUCCAGAACCAGCACCGUGGCUCUUUUAAGAUUAGCUAGAAUAAAAAUAUUAAAAUGCUG